AAGCGUCUCCAUUGCGGCGUUUCGCAGUUCAUGCCCCCUCAAACUCCACCGGCGCUCGCGAUGCCGGCCCCCUCCGCCGCCGCCGAACGGCUCGCGGCCCACUGGGUCGCCGACGCCCUCGCCGCGGACGAGACCAUCGACUUCUCCGUAAUAAAGGCGCUGGUGGGAGUCUCGUCGGAUUACCUCGUCGGCGCCCCGGAUGCUACGCGGGAGCGGGUGGCGCUCCGGUCCCUUCAGGAGCUCGCCACCUUCGCCGUCGCCGACGAGGGUGGUGCUGCGGCGGCGGCGGAGGCGCCGUCGGGGAUGCUGAGGGUUGACGCCGCCCGCUCUAGCGAGGAUUUGCUGGUUGAGCUCACUGGGAAGGUUGGGAGCUCAAUAAGUUUUGAUAAGGACAAAAUUCUGCCUUUUAGACAAGAUAUUCAGAACUUUAUUUGUAUCAAGAAACCUACACUACCAGAAACUUCUUUGGAGCUGCUCCGAGAAGUUGAUCCAGAGAUCCAAUCUGUGGCUGCACCAUCCUUGGUGGAUCAGAAUAGCAUCAAGAAACACGACAACAAUCAGUCCAUGUGCAAUGUCAACCAUCUCCACUCAAAUGUAGAGAAGCCUAGACCCCCUCCAGUCAGUGCUGAGCUUCAGCCUGAAAAUUUAACAAAUGUAGUCAACGAAAAUGAAAUAGGUAAUUUCCAGCAGUCUCCAAUUGAACCAACUGUUGCUGUUGACGAACCAUGUGCAUCAGAAAGCAGGUUCUACAAUCAACCACAAGAAGAUGCUAUAAACACUGCUAGUGGUGGUGCAAGGUCUCCGGAAAAGAAUCUUUCUAAUGUGGAUAGUGACACGUCAUCUGCUGCUGUGCCUGUGUCAGCAAGCUGGAAUGUGAAUUUGCAGGGAAACAUUGUGGAACCCAUAUCAAAGAAGGAUAUGAUAGAUAAAACUACCAUGGUUCAACCACAGCCUUGUAAAGGAAAAUCACCAAAUCCAAAUGAUGAUGGCACCUGUGAUCAAUCAUUGAAGGAUCCCAGGCAUGAAAGCCAAACAGUGCAGGCUACAAUGGCUCCAGCUUUUGUCAGAAGCAAUGAUGUUUUACCAGCCAAUGCAUCUGAAGCAAGCCACUUGGUAAACCAGGAUCUGGAUGGCAAUGCCAGCAUUCCACCUGUCGAAAAGGAUCCCGUUCAUGAGGGAUUGACCCUGCGAGGUUCUAGUGGUAUACCUUCUGUAACCUGCAAUGGUGCUAUUCAAGAAGAUGAAUCUGGAACCAACCACCCAUCUACAGAGUGCACUAUAAUGUUUGAAGAGCAGAUUGGUGACAAGUGUCAACUGGAAAAGAAUCACUCUCUAUAUGAUGAUGGCACCAUGUUGGAAAAGAAUAAGGUCUGUGGUGGGCUGAAUGUGCAGACUGCUCCAGAGUCUCGUAGCUGCAAUGUAACCUUCCAUGAUAGAAUUUCAGAAGGCAACCCUUUAUCCGAGCAAAAUAUUGAAACAAACACAACUGACAUUCAGAAACGUAGUUGCAGUACACCUGUUCCAAACUCUUUACAGGAUGGGGACAGAAAAGGAGCUAAAGAUUCAAACAAGCAAACUGUUGCGAAAACUGUGGCAGAAACAUCACAUGCACAUACCUCAGAUGAUAGUUUCAGCGGAUUUGCUGCUGCUUGUCUGCUGUCAUUGACUGGCAAAAUGCCAUUCUGUAGUCAGGAUCAAGAAGCCAAUGAUUCCCUUGGGGUCUCCCAAGAACAAGAUUUAUGCAUAAAAUGCGGUAAAGAUGGUCAGCUGCUGCAAUGCAGCAGCUGCUUGUUAUCUGCUCAUGAUAGCUGUUUUGGUUCAUCAGUGACAUUUGAAGACUCUGGAAAGUUCUAUUGCCCGGUGUGCAUCUGUACUAAAGCCACUGAAGCAUACCAAAAAGCAAAGAAAACUUAUAUUGAAGCUAGGAAGAAACUAGCUGCUUUCCUUGGCACAGAGCCAUUGCUCAAGCAACAUGACGAGCAGCAAACUGGAGUGCUUCCAAGAGCUGCUAACGGUGAGGGUCAAUUGAAUGGAUGUGAUUCAUCAAAAAGGCAAAAAAGCUGCAGCCAAACCAAAGCUGAUGACCUUGCUCAUCAGGGUGAAGAAUCUGAUCCGCAGAGGAAGAAACAGAAAAUAAAUGUUACAAGUGAUACUUAUAAUGAGGUAGCCAUUGAAAAGGCAUCUUCUGGUAAGAAUUCUGGUGUGGCAGCCAUGAAUAAACAAUCUGUGCUCCAGAACAAUAGCAAUCAACCUCAUGAUGCAGAGGAAGACCAUCAUGUGGGAGACGCAGAAGCUCGUGAAGAUGAUGGUAAUGGCCAUUCAUCUCAUGAGAGAAGAAAUUCAUCUCAGAACAGAUGCAGUCCUGCUGCAAAUCUGGAAGUUGAGGCUGACAAAGAGGAUGGCCCUACAAAUUCCCACCACUCUGAAGAUUCUGAUGAAAUAGAAGCUUCAUCCUCAAAUGAGACUGGCAAGCGAUCAUCGCCCCCUUGGCGUUGUAUGAAACAUCACAAAGCAAAAUCACAAGAAAGGGAGGCAACUGUAUCAAGUAAUUCUAGAAAAGCAUUUGGGCAGCAGGAUCAACACAUGCCUUCACCGUCAAGGAAAAGAAAAUAUGCAUACCCACCCAAGCGUUAUUCGAAUCCUGCUGCGCCGACUGGAAGGCGCUCCAAACUCUGUUGGACAGAAGAGGAGGAAGCAGCUUUAAGGGAGGCAAUGGAAAAAUUCACCCCACGGGACAACGGGGCUAUUCCAUGGGUUCAGAUAUUAGAACACGGCAGGAACGUGUUUCACAGGACACGCCUCCCGUGCGACCUGAGGGUCAAAUGGAGGAACAUGAGGAAGAAAGCAGGCUCCUGACGCUAACAAUUUCACGCUACCAUCGUACCAUGUCAGUCUAACCCUUUCCUCACCUCUGAGCAUCCUCAUGACCAAGAAUGUAAAUGAGCAUCCUCAGGUUGUUGUCGAUGAAAUGUGUAGUAGCUUGGAAUCAUUAGGAAACUAUAAGGGCGUUGCUUUAUCUGUUGUAAAGACCGUCGAGGUAUGUAAAGGAACUGUAUUAUUUUCUUUCUUUUAGGGCAGAACUGUAUUAUUUUCUGACAAAUAAACAUUUCCACUGUACAAUUUCACCUGCCAAUUUCGGAUGAGCACAGUUCGGGACUGAAUUUUCCCGGUA